AUGCUGGUGACCGACUCCAUCCUGGGCGGCCUCGUGGUCCUCUCCCCGGAUGCGUCCCUGUGCACGCGCUGGCGGGCGUCGGACGCCGGCUGGGGCGUCUGCCUCGACGAGCUUCAGGCUGGCUGCGUCGCGUACACGGCCGCAGCCGGCGAUGCCGAGGGGUUCGCGGCGGCGAUGUCUGCGCACGGCUGCGCUGUGCACGCCCUGGGCGCCAACGCGACCGGCGCAGCGGCGGGGGGGCCAUGCGCCAGCGCUGCCUGCCGCGCAGGGGAGCCCAGAGGCUGGCCGCACGAGUGCCACACCCCGUGGCUGUGGACUGCGGCGGAGGUGCGGCCGCCCUUCUGGCACCGCUGGACGCUGGAGGCUUUGCUGCGGGCUCUGGGCCACGGGCACGUGGACGUGCUGAGGGCGGGGCUGGACGGCGGCGACUGGGAGCUGCUGGAGCAUCUGCUGUCGGACCCGGGCUCGAUGGAGCUCCUGGCGGCUGGGCGGCUGGCGCGGCAGCUCUCGCUGAGGCUCUGCCCGGCGCCGCCCAGGGGCGCCGAGGCCUGGGCGCCCGACCCUGCGGCCCUCGACGCCCGAGCCGCGGACCUGCUCGGCCUGCUACAGGUCGCUGGCUUCCUGCUGUGGAGGCACAGCGCGGCCGACGGCGCGCCCGAGGCCCCGCUGGGGCACGGCGUCGGAGGUCUGGGGGCAAUCGCUGGUGUGGCGGCGGCCGGGCGGCGCCGGCCCCGCGGCGCGGGCCGAGCAGCCGGACGGGGAACGCCCCAGGGUGGUGCUGAGCGGCAGCCCCGCCGCAGCGCUGCCGCGGGGUGCCGCGUGCUCGCGCGAGCUCACGGGGCGCUUCCUGGAGUUCGCGGCCACGUCCGGCGUCCCGCUGGCCGAGCAGGUGGUGCUCCCGCGCUACUCCGGUGA